GCAAAACAACAGUGGUUUUACUGGGUGUCUUUUAGAAUCUGUUGAAAUUAAUAUUUAGUUUAAAUUCAAAGUUUGUUUUCUGUAAUAAAGAUACAUUAAUGAGGCUUACUCAGAAUCCACUUCCACCUCAUAAGAACGCCUGCUUGAAUCUAAGCAAGAGACUUUACCGGAAACGAAAGUUUUUUUUUUCUUCUGAACUUCUUUCGUAGCAGCCAGUGAGUCAAAAAGAGGAAAAGAUACCAGCAGACUACACUCUUGGCGUUUAAGUUUUGCAGUUCCUAUUUUUCCCCCCUUCUCGCGUCAUGGUGAAUGUCAGAAACCGGACAGUAAAAGGGGGCAAAUAUUUGCAUUUUCUGAGAGAUAAGACCGUCUUCAAGUGAUUUCAUCCUGACAUAGCGGAUCUUAGCUGUUCUAUAUCAUGGAAGAUGGUGUGAAGGAGGAUAAAACCCAGCAGAAAGCUGCAAAGUUUGACGGGAAGGCUGGCUGGAUUAAGAAAUCCUAUGGGAAGUUCCUGGGGACAUACAAGGACCGCUACAUCCAGUUAGAGAAGACGCAGCUUCUGGUCUAUGAAAAUGAUGAAGAAAAGACUUGCAUAGAAACAGUGGACUUGGAAAGCUAUGAUAAAUGCCACGAAUUACGAAGCGCUUUUAAAAAGAAAAACAGACUCAUUUUAAUUCGAGCUGCCAAGCCUGUAAAUAAGGUAAAUGAUAUCAAAUUCCAAGCUCCGAGUCCUGAAGAGAAAGAAGCCUGGAUCAAAGCCCUUUGUGACGGGAUCAACAGAGCUAAAAAUAAAAUCUUUGAUCAGGUUAAGGUAGAAGGCUGUUCUUUAGAACAUGUGACCCGCACAAGGCCAAAAAUGCAGCAAUCACGAAGGCCACCAACAAGAAUACAUAUGAAGGAGCUGGCAACCUCUUCGUCAGAUGGAAUCCUGAGACUGGAUCUUGACAUUGUGGACAACACUCCCAAUGGAAACCACCCUGUUCCAAAUGACACAGCGGCUCUGUCUACAGAAACUGCUGAUGAGGAUUCAGCUCCCCCUCCAAAGAAGAUUUUCAAACCCCCAAUGCCUCCCUCGAAAGAAAACAAACCCAACCCUGAAGAAACUGAAGAGGAGUCAGAAGACGUUGAAACUGUAAAGCUGCCUACGCCCCCUACCAAACCAAACAACACGUCUAAAGACACGGUCAGCGAACAUUCAUCUCCUCCUUCUCCACCCGAGAAAGUGCUCAAGCCACCCAUGCCUCCUUCUAAAUUGAAGAAACCAAGUGCUCCAGCAACUGACGAAGAGACAGAAGAUGCUCCUGCUCAUAGCAGUCUUCCUGAAGACACUUCUGAGCCCCCAACGCCUCCUACUAAACCAAGCAGCACUUCUGAAGAUAAACCUCCCCCAUCUCUACCCAGCAAAGGUCUCAAGCCAGUUUUGCCUUCAAAAGAAAAUAAACCAAAUCCUCCAGCUGGUGGCACAGAGGAUUCUGCAGUUCCUGUUGUUGCUCAGGAAGGAACCCCAGAGCCUCUCUCUAAGGAAAUUCAACCUACUAAAGAGGAGGCUGAAGAUGUUCCAGUUAAUGAAGUUAGUACCAUUGAGGAAACUGUACAGCUUGCAAAACCUCCUCCUAAACCAAAAGACCUGUCUCCAGAAACUGUCAAAAAUAACUCUGCCCCUCCUGGUCCUCCUAAGAAGAAGCCCCUUCUGCCUCCUAAAAUAAAUGCUUCCAUCCCACCAGAAACCAACAAGGUUUCAGCAGAUGCCACACCUGCAAAAGAAGUUAUGAAACCCCUUGCUCCUAAAGAAAAUAUUACAAGCUCGCCAGCAGCUAAGGAAAAGAUAGAAGACACUCCUGUUUCAGAAGUUGUUCUGAAUCCACCUGAACCCAUGGAAGAUGUUUUGCUUGCUCCAGAACCAGAGGCUUCAUCUGUCACUCCUUCCCCUGGCAACCUAGUACCUCCUCCUAAGAUUGUGUUCGAAGAUGAAGAAGGGCAGUUAAAAGAUGGUGCCCAAUCCAGUAAUUCUGAAGACGAAUCCGACAAUGGUGACAUCAGCGCUUCAACCACAGCCCUAAAUGGCAGCAGGGAAAACCUGGAUGAGGAAUCAAGUGAAGACCCAGCUGACACACCAGAGAACACUGAGCAAAGCCUCAAGGAAGGUGAUCCUGCUGCUGCUUCUGAGGAACUGAAGCAUGAAAUCAUUCAAGAUGCAAACACAACAUCUUUAGAUGGCCAUCACCGGCAACGAGAAACCAAGAAAGGACAGUUAGACACACGCCCCCCUGUGCCUCUAAAAUAUGUGUCAAAAGUCAGAUGUGCUUCUCUGGGCGAUCUGUUGUCCGAAUCCAAAGUGAAAGUGCAAAAUGAACCGCUUCAAGAACCCGGUUUAGGGUCUGAAAUCAGCGAUUUGGAUGAACUGCAAAACAAUAUAGCCUUGGAACUUGAAAAAACAGAGGCGUGCCUUCAGGAAAUGGAGGAGGAAUCCCUGGCAGCUGAUGGAAGUAAAGGGACACUAGCGGGUAAGUCAUCGCAGAAAGAGGAGUCGCCAGAAGAGAUCCUGAACAAGGCGAUGGAAAAGCUGAGGCAAGCCAAUGAAGUCUUACAAGAAGCAAAGAAUAUAAAAGAAAACAAAACAGAAAAAAACAAAAGGAGGAAAAGCUGUUGACUGUUUUUUAAAGCAACAUUCUUUCAUGUAAAUUAUGUCCAUAGUACUUACAGGUACAGUACCUUUUAAAAAUGAGGGUGUACAUUUAUUUUUUUUCUAAUAAGGAGCUGUAGGCAUACCUAUUAUUGUUGCACAAGGAAUUCUUAACCUAUAUUAUCCAUUUCAUUUUGAUUUCUGAUAUCAUUUCAAUGCAUAUUAAGUAAACAUUUGCAUUCAGUCAUAGUAAACACUGCGGUUCCUUACUAACACUGUACAGAUUUCUAAAAUAUAAUGAAGUAUAAGUUUAUCUUUGUAAAUGGUUAGUACCAACUGAUAUGUCUUCUUUAGGAUAAAGGGCGGCUCUUUUUGUGGCAGAGGCAUGCUAAUAAAAUUCACAUCCAUUAAUUAAAGUCACGGAAAGUAAUAGUCUGCCAAGUAGUUAAUUAAAUUGCAUGAAAUUAAUGGUGUAAGAAUAUGGAAAAGUACUGAAGUGGAUGUGAGUGAGCUUCAAUACGGUAUGUUUUGUAAUUUUUAUAUAUAUGUAUAUAUAUAUAUAUAUAUAUAUAUAUAUACCAGAAAUGUUUGGAAGGCCUACAUGUUAUUUCUAUAGGCAAAUUACAGAAGGGUUUUUUUUGUCAUGUUGUGUAUGUAUAAGCUGAAAAUUGCAAAGGUUUUGAAGUUGUCAUUAAAAUGCAAAGCCUAAACACCACAAUCACAUCUAAUUUCUGCAACAAACAGAAGCUGCUAUCAGCAUGGGUUAGCUGAAUGUUAGCCAGAGGCAAUUCUGUUAAUACUGGUGUGAUGUUAAACACUGUACAGCACAAAUACUGUAUCCGGUGUGUAACUAAACCAAUGUAAAAGUGUAUUCUCUCAGUCCUAGAUCUCCUGCUCAGUAUGAAUGGUGCCCCAUAUUAAGCAGUUAAUGCAAUAUCACUUCUGGGUGUCGCUGCAGGACCCCUGCUGGUAUUCUAGAAUCAUGAGUGCCUCCACCUAGCAAGUUUCAUUUUGAGGGGCUUUGUUUUCACAACAACAUCCAAAUAGGCCAAGUGACUUUGUUAUCACCCUGAAAAAAAUACAUGUUUUUUUUUUUUGUUGUUUACUAGUUUGAUGUACAAAUGAGCACCGAUCAAAUUCUUUCAGUCAUGUGAGUCAGUACAUGGAUGUGGUAUGUUCAUUGUGUUAUAUUACACUAUUUAAAAAAACAAACAUCAAAAACAAUAGUUGGCUAACUUUUAAUACUCAAUGUCAUAAUGUACUAAUUAUCAUACACAAAAUUGUGUAGUAAAGAUAUGUAUUAAUCAUAUACAGGAACUAGCUGGAAUGAAUUAUGAGUUAUAAAUAGUAGUCUGUAUACUAUAGUGAUGGCCUAAUGAAGAAAACUGGGGAAAGAUAUUUCAAACUGUAUUUGCCGUAUACAGAAAACUGAAACGGAAAGCCUUCAUUUCCAACUCUUAACAAUGCGCGUUUGUACAAGCUAUGCUUUGUAUGCCAUAAAUAAUCCUCAAAGCCUUAGCAUUAGACAUGUAAAAGAAAAAGCUGCUUUAAUGUAUGUUUAUAUCAGGGGCAAUGUAAUUUAGCAGAAACAAAGCAGGUUCUCUUUUUGGACAAUUGUCUUGCAAUUCAGAAAUGACUCCAGACUGUACUUGCACUUUGUCAUGGUGUCAGUUUCCAAGCUGUGUGUCUGAAGCGAGGCAACAACCUGUUGUAUUACCCUGGUGUCUGGGGCUGUCAAACCUGCCACUGUGUGCACACAGGCCAGUACUGUAUUAACAUUGACUCCGCUUUUAGUUUGAAAAGAUCUUCUGAGAUCAAUAUGACUGUGUAGAUAUCAGGAACCAUAUUGAAAGUGUUAGUGUUAUUGCAGGGUAGUACUGUCCUUCACAACUUCUGCUUUAUUCCAGGCCACAUAUGGUUUGCAGACAUGCAGAUUCUUUUUUUUUUUAUAACAGUUUUCUAUGCAGUUUUUUUUUUUUUAAGUAAAAUUGUUAGAUUUUUUUUAAAUUUUACAACCUGCAUAGUUUUUUUUCUAUUGUUGAUCCCAUUUAGGUGAAAAAAUAAAUGUUUUGUACGUUUGACUGAAUCGGUCAUCAGGUUUUACCCAGAAUACUUUGCCUAUUUAGUGAGCUAAGGAAGUUUACAAUCCUUUGCAGCCAGCAGUCUUUUCACUGAAACUCUGUAAGCUAGAGAGCGGACAGAUCAAGGUAUUCAAGACAGGUAGCUAAUAACACAAAAUGGGUGUUCAAACCUCAUCGUUGUGUAUUGGAUAAGAAAAAUAAAAGUAUUUUAUUCACGCGUGCAGUGACUAAAAUAUAUUGGAUAAACUAUUUAUUUAAAAAAAAUAUAUAGCACUGUUAUGUAAUAUAUUGUACUGUAAAAUAAAAAGCAUGUACUAAUAACAAGAUUUUAUUUGCCUUUAGUAAUUCUGAAUUGAAAACUUCUAAAACGUGUUGCUGUGUAAAGCAUGUCUUAAUAAAGGUAGCCUUGUUUUCACCACAAA